GAAAAGAAAAGAAAGAAAAACCAACCAACCAAACAAACCUAGCCCAGGCUAUAACGACGUCCACUCGGGAUUUGGGAUGGGGCCGCGGGGAUGGGACUGAGCUUGGGUCUGCGCACAGGACGGGGAGGGGGGCAUUCUGCAACGCAGGGAGAGGGAAAGUGGGUGUCACAGGUCCAGGCCAGGAAAGGGAGACCCUGUCGCGGCUGAACACUUCUGUGCGUUUUCUUCACCUUUCUGUGCAUCGGUAUCCACAUUGGGUUAAUACAAAAUGAAGUGAUGAUUACAUGAGGGUGUCAUGGAAGGAAGCCUUUGACGGGACUGGUCCGGGACAGGCAGGGCGGAGUCUGACUGGCCGGCGCAGGCUGCAGUAGGAAGUGGGGUAGGCUUAGUUGAACGACUUGGCUGAGAGACACCUGAUUGGCUAGACGCGCGAUGAUUGGGCGUGUUUCCUCCGAGGGGCGGGUCAGAACGCUUGUUAGACGGGCGAGUGUCUUUAAUGCUGCAUUCAGACAGCCUGAGAGCCGCCAGGUGAUCCAAGGGCUGGUCUCCGAGUCUGUAGUCCUCUGCAAUCCAAUUUCCCAAUGGCAGCGGCCGCCAGCCCCGCGUUCCUUCUACGCCUCCCGCUUCUGUUCCUGCUGUCCGUCUGGUGCGGGACGGUGCGGGCCGACCCUCACUCUCUUUGCUAUGACAUCACCAUCAUCCCUAAGUUCAGACCUGGACCACAGUGGUGUGCGGUUCAAGGCCAGGUGGACAAAAAGACUUUUCUUCACUAUGACUGUGGCAACAAGACAGUCACACCCGUCAGUCCCCUGGGGAAGAAACUAAAUGUCACAAAGGCCUGGAAAGCACAGAACCCAGUACUGAGAGAAGUGGUGGACAUGCUCACCCAGCAGCUGCUUGACAUUGAGCUGGAGAAUUACACACCCAGGGAACCCCUCACCCUGCAGGCCCGGAUGUCUUGUGAACAGAAAGCUGAAGGACACAGCAGUGGAUCUUGGCAGUUCAGUUUCGAUGGACAGAUCUUCCUCCUCUUUGACUCAGAGAACAGAAUGUGGACAACGGUUCAUCCUGGAGCCAGAAAGAUGAAAGAAAAGUGGGAGAAUGACAAGGAUGUGACCAUGUCCUUCCAUUACAUCUCAAUGGGAGACUGCACAAGAUGGCUUGGGGACUUCUUGACGGGCGUGGACAGAACCCUGGAGCCAAGUGCAGGAGGUAACAGAAGAAAGAAACGGGGAUCUUGA